CCGUGUCCCGGAGGUAUGCGGGGAGCACAGCCCGGUGUCCCCGUGUCCCGGAGGUGUGCGGGGAGCGCAGCCCGGGUGUCCCCGUGUCCCGGAGGUGUGCGGGGAGCACAGCCCGGUGUCCCCGUGUCCCGGGCACUGUGCGGGGAGCACAGCCCGGUGUCCCCGUGUCCCGGAGGUGUGCGGGGAGCACAGCCCGGUGUCCCCGUGUCCCCGGCCGAGCAGCCGCCGCCAGGGGGUACUCGGGGAGAGCGAACGCGGGCAACAAAAGGCGGCGCAGCCUCCCCGGCCGCAGGGGCAGCGCGGAGCCGCUGCGCGCCCGUUCCCGUGCUCCAGCCCGCACAUUCCUUCCCGAAACCCGAACCGGGGCCGGGGGGGCUCGCCCCCGCUCCGGGAGCCGCGACCCUCCGCCGCAGCGCCGGGCGGGAAAGGGAAGAAGAACAUGCCAGGCGCCGCCGCGUCCCCUCCGCACUGUCCCCGGGCCGCCCUCUCCUGCUGCCCCGCUCCCUGCCCCGGUCCCCAUCCCGGUCCCCGCGGGUCUCGAACUCGCGGCGCUGCGGGCCGGCCCGGGCGGGCGGUGACGUCAGGCGCGGCGGCCAAUGGCGCGGCGGGGGGGGCGCGCCCCGCUCCAUCCCCGCUCGGCAGCGCUGCUCCGGCACGGCUCGGCUCGGCACGGCUACAGCACAGCCCGCACCGCCACAGCCCGGCCCGGCACGGCUCCCGCACAGCCCCGCACGGCCCGCGGCGGGGCGGGCCCGCGGCCGAGGGGUCGCUGCGCAGCCCCGGCCGUCCCCUCCGCGGGUUACCUGCCCGGCCCAGGUGGGGCGGUGCAGAGCGGAGGAGGCUGUUUUGGAGGUUGCCGCCGCUCCCGAUGGAUGUUUUGUGUGUGUUUGCCUCCGCUCCCGGGUUCUCUUUCAUCUGAGGACGCAUCUGGCUCGAGCUCUGUUAAACUAUCUGCCUUCUGGCAUUUCAUCUUUAAGGGCCGGCUGCUCGCGCUCACUUUUAUACCCACUGGAGCCACCGAGAACCAUGUUGUGUAGUGGGAGAAGCGCGUUUCUGUGCCUUGGAACGAUCCUGAGCUUUUGGAGCUCCGUGAGUUGGAUGCCUGUUGGAGGAUGCCCGCAUAAGUGUACGUGUAUCGCUUCCAACGUGGAUUGUCAUGGACUGGGACUCAAAACUGUGCCGAGGGAUAUUCCCAGGAAUGCGGAGAGACUGGAUCUAGAAAAAAAUAACAUCACCAGAAUCACAAAGACGGACUUCACGGGGCUGAAGAACCUUCGUGUCUUACACUUGGAAGAAAAUCAGAUCAGUGUGAUAGAACGUGGAGCUUUUCAGGAUCUGAAACAACUUGAAAGGCUGCGUCUGAACAAGAAUAAAUUGCAAGUUCUUCCUGAGCUGCUUUUCCAGAACACACAGAAGUUAACCAGGCUAGACCUGAGCGAAAACCAGAUAAAAGGAAUCCCUAGAAAGGCCUUCCGAGGAAUCAUUGAUGUGAAGAACUUGCAACUGGACAACAACCAGAUCAGCUGCAUCGAAGAUGGAGCCUUCCGAGCCCUGCGCGACCUGGAGAUCCUUACCCUCAACAACAACAACAUCACCCGCAUUCCUGUUACCAGCUUCAACCACAUGCCAAAGAUCAGGACUCUGCGGCUGCACUCCAACUUCCUGCACUGUGACUGCCACCUGGCCUGGCUGUCGGACUGGCUGCGCCAGCGCCGCACCAUCGGCCAGUUCACCUUCUGCCUGGCGCCCGUCGGCCUGCGCGGCUUCCUCGUGGCCGAGGUGCAGAAGAAGGACUUCGUCUGCUCUGGCUCCCAGUCCGAGCCCCCGUCGUGCAGCGCCAGUUCCAUCACCUGCCCCUCUGCCUGCACCUGCAGCAACAACGUCGUGGAUUGCCGGGGAAGGAGCUUAACUGAGAUCCCUGCCAACCUCCCCGAGGACAUCUGGGAAAUACGUUUGGAACAAAACCUCAUCAAAAUCAUUCCCCCUGGAGCUUUCACCCAGUACAAGAAGCUGAAGAGAAUAGACAUCAGCAAGAAUCAAAUAACUGACAUUGCACCUGAUGCAUUCAAAGGCUUGAAAUCUCUCAUUUCAUUAGUGCUCUAUGGAAACAAGAUCACGGAGAUUCCCCAGGGCCUUUUUGAUGAUCUUGUGUCUCUGCAGCUGCUGCUUCUCAAUGCCAACAAGAUCAACUGCCUGAGGGUAAACACGUUCCAAGGUCUGCAUAAUCUCAAACUGUUAUCUCUUUAUGACAACAAACUGCAGACCGUCAGCAAGGGGCUCUUUGCACCUCUGCGAUCGAUCCAGACUCUACAUUUAGCUCAGAACCCAUUUGUGUGCGACUGCCAUCUGAAGUGGCUGGCUGAUUACCUGCAGGAUAAUCCGAUCGAGACGAGCGGCGCGCGCUGCAGCAAUCCCCGUCGCCUUGCCAACAAACGCAUCAGCCAGAUCAAGAGCAAGAAGUUCCGCUGCUCAGGCUCAGAGGAUUACAGAAGUAAAUUCACUGGGAAGUGCUUCAUGGACCUUGUGUGUCCCGAGAAGUGUCGCUGUGAGGGGACAGUGGUGGACUGCUCCAACCAGAAACUCACCCGGCUGCCCACUCACCUCCCUGAAUACACCACUGACCUGCGUCUGAAUGACAAUGACAUUUCUGUUUUGGAAGCUGUUGGGCUCUUCAAGAAAUUGCCCAACCUCAGGAAAAUAAAUCUGAGCAACAACAAGAUCAAGGAGAUCCGGGAGGGCACGUUCGACGGCGCCGCGGGCGUGCAGGAGCUGAUCCUGACGGAGAACCAGCUGGAAUCCGUGCAUGGACGGAUGUUCAGGGGCCUCACGGGGCUGAAGACCCUGAUGCUGAGGAGCAACUCCAUCAGCUGCAUAAACAACGACACCUUUGCUGGCCUGAGCUCAGUGAGGCUCCUGUCUCUGUAUGACAAUCACAUCAGCACCAUCACCCCUGGAGCCUUCAGCACUCUGGUCUCUUUGUCCACAAUUAAUUUGCUGGCUAACUCCUUUAACUGUAACUGCCAUUUGGCCUGGCUGGGGAAGUGGCUGAGGAAGAAGAGAAUUGUCAGUGGAAAUCCACGCUGCUUGAAACCCUUUUUCUUAAAGGAUAUUCCAAUCCAAGAUGUAGAUGUCCAGGACUUCACCUGUGAUGGUAAUGAAGAGAGCAGCUGCUUGCUUUCCCCUCCUUGUCCUUCCCAGUGUACCUGUGUGGACUCCGUGGUUCGCUGCAGCAACAAAGGGCUGCGGAUGCUGCCCAAGGGAAUUCCCAAGGACGUGACUGAGCUAUACUUGGAAGGAAACCAUCUGCCUGCUGUGCCGAAGGGGCUCUCUGCCUUCAGACACCUGACCCUGAUUGAUUUGAGCAACAACAGCAUCAGUGUCUUGGCCAAUUACACCUUCAGCAACAUGACUCAGUUAUCGACGCUCAUCCUGAGUUACAACCGGCUCCGGUGCAUCCCCGUGCACGCCUUCAACGGGCUCCGCUCCCUGCGAGUGCUGACACUCCAUGGAAAUGAUAUUUCCAGUGUUCCUGAGGGAUCUUUCAAUGACCUGGUGUCCCUGUCCCAUCUGGCCCUGGGGACCAACCCCCUGCACUGUGACUGCCACCUGCGCUGGCUCUCCGAGUGGGUCAAGGCGGGCUACAAGGAGCCCGGGAUCGCGCGCUGCCGCGGCCCCGAAGCCAUGGCGGACAGGCUGCUGCUCACCACGCCCACACACCACUUCCAGUGCAAAGAGCCAGUGGAUCUCAGUGUGGUGUCCAAGUGCAACCCCUGCCUCUCCAGCCCCUGCAAGAACAACGGGACGUGCAGCAGUGACCCCGUGGAGCUCUACCAGUGCACCUGCCCUUUUGGUUUCAAGGGUCGAGACUGCAGUGUGCCCAUUAAUUCCUGCAUUCAGAAUCCAUGUCAGAAUGGAGGGACCUGCCACCUCACAGAGGCAAAUAAAGAUGGAUUCAGCUGCUCUUGUCUUCUUGGGUAUGAGGGGGAGAGGUGUGAAAUAAACCCAGAUGACUGUGAAGAUAAUGACUGUGAGAACAACUCUACCUGUGUGGAUGGGAUCAACAACUAUGUGUGUCUCUGCCCUCCUAAUUACACAGGUGAACUGUGUGAUGAGGUGAUUAACCACUGUGUUCCUGAUCUAAAUCCCUGCCAGCAUGAGUCCAAAUGUGUUCCCCUGGACAAAGGAACCAGAUGCGAGUGCUUGCCGGGCUACAGCGGCAAACACUGCGAGGUGGAUGACGAUGACUGCGUGGGCCACAAGUGCCGGCACGGAGCCGCCUGCGUGGACGCGGUCAAUGGCUACACCUGCGUGUGCCCGCAGGGCUUCAGCGGGCUGUUCUGCGAGACGCCGCCGCCCAUGGUGCUGCUGCAGACCAGCCCGUGUGACAACUACGAGUGCCAGCACGGCGCGCAGUGCAUCGUGGCGCAGCACGAGCCCGUGUGCCGCUGCCUGGCCGGCUUCGCGGGACAGCGCUGCGAGAAGCUCAUCACCGUCAACUUCGUGGGCAAGGACUCCUACGUGGAGCUGCCCUCCGCCAAGAUCCGCCCGCAGGCCAACAUCUCCCUGCAGGUAGCCACGGACAAGGACAAUGGCAUCUUACUGUACAAAGGAGACAAUGAUCCUUUGGCUCUGGAGUUGUACCAAGGACACGUGAGGCUCAUCUAUGACACCCUGAACUCCCCACCCACCACAGUGUACAGUGUGGAAACAGUAAAUGAUGGGCAGUUUCACAGUGUGGAACUCGUGAUGCUGAAUCAAACUCUGAACCUGGUGGUGGACAAGGGGGCUCCCAAGAGUCUGGGAAAGCUCCAGAAACAGUCUUCUGUCAGCCUCAACACACCCCUCUACAUUGGAGGGAUCCCAACCUCUACUGGACUAUCAUCCCUGCGCCAGGGUGCAGAUAAGACACCAAAUGGUUUUCAUGGCUGCAUUCACGACGUCAGAAUCAACAACGAGCUGCAGGAUUUCAAGGAUUUACCCCAGCAGUCACUGGGAGUCCUUCCUGGCUGCAAAUCCUGUAACAUCUGCAAGCACGGGAUUUGCCGGUCCCUGGAGAAAACGAGCGUGAUUUGUGAAUGUCACCCAGGCUGGAUGGGCCCUCUGUGUGACCAGGAAAUUGGAGAUCCAUGUCUCAACCACAAGUGUCUGCACGGGAAGUGCACAGCUGCCGGUGCUGCUUACACCUGUAAGUGCAUGGAGGGCUACACAGGCAUGUUCUGUGACAAGAAGAACAAUUCCUCAAACCCCUGCAGGACUUUGAAAUGCAGCCACGGGCAGUGCAAGGUCUCGGAGCAUGGGGAGCCCUACUGUGAAUGUGACCCCGGCUACAGCGGAGAGCUCUGUGACAGAGCAGAGAACCUCUGCCAAGGAGACAUCAUUCGAGAAGUGGUGCGUAAGCAGCAGGGCUACACCUCGUGUGCCACGGCCUCCAAGGUGCCGCGCCUGGAGUGCCGCGGCGGCUGCGGCGGCGGGCAGUGCUGCGUGCCCCUCCGCAGCAAGAGGAGGAAAUACUUCUUCCAGUGCGUGGACGGCUCCACCUUCACGGAAGAACUGGAGAGACACGUGGAGUGCGGCUGCUCAAAGUGCUUGUAAGCCAUCCUUCGGUCUCUCGCCACUUUAAUCGACUCAGAAGCGUUAUCGAAACGGGACCUAUUUACUUGCAGAGUGAAGAAGAAGAAAAGAAUUAUUAAGUAUAUUGUAAAAUAAGCAAAAAAUAGAACUUAUUUUUAUUAUGGAAAGUGACUAUUUUCAUCUUUUAUUAUAUAAAGUAUCGCACCACUUUGGGUAUAUGUAUCAUAUAGUGAGCUAUUUUUACCAUGAAACUUUUUUAACAGUUGUAAGAAAAAAAAUUUCAAAAGCUAAAAGGUUAAAAAAAAAUUAUAUAUAUAAAGAAAACAUAGCCUAACAGGAGAAAUGUGGGGUGACUUUAUGUGUAUGCACAAUGAACAGACGUAAAGGUGUUCCAAGGACCCACUGCCAGACUGAUUUGGGCUGAAGAAAGCUCCGAGGCCCUGGCUGGGAGUUCCAGGUGAGCAGAUCCCCAUGACUGACUGCAUCCAGGCACCCGAAGAGCCUCCUCAGCCCCUUCUCUUCCCAACACUGCCGACGCUGGUUUGCUCCUGUACAGUGGCCCCGCUUGCUGAUCAUGAACUGGUUCCCUGGAGCACACAGGCACUGCCGUAGCUUGAGGCUAAUUACAUUAUUUGACUAUUGUAAUACUAUAAUACAUUUUUUGCUGUGUAUGUUGUAUUUAUCUGUGUUCAUGUUAUAUUCUGCGGCAACUGUAUCUAUAGAGCACAGGCAGCUUUAUCCAAAAGAAGGGUGCAAAGGGAAAGGAAGUGGAGAAAUUUAUGUUGCUUUGGGUAAUUUGGGGGCAGAAAUGUGAAAUAAGUGCUAAGUGAUGCCUAAUAAAUGACAUAGUACUUUUGUGUAAACUCCUCAGCUAUGUUAUUUCCCAAGUUUGUGCCUUCUUGCUCCCAGUCUUGAGCCCUUUUUUGUAUAUGAAAUGUAAGGAAUGCACUGCUACAUAGUUUAUCACACCUUGACACUUUAACUUGCAAAGGUUGUAAAGAGCAUGAAAAUACCGCAGGUGCCAGAAGGCACCUGCAACAUAUCAGCUUUUACUGCCACUGUCACUUGAGCCAGGGUGUGAGCUGGGCCGUGGCUGCUGGCUCUGAGCAGCUGCCUGCCUCCCCACGGCUUUCCAAGCGAGCAGAAGUUGCACUAAAUCCGUGUGAAGGUGUUCAGCUGACACCUGUCCUGAGCAGAGGUGUCACAGCCCUGCCCGGUGCAGCCUGACCUGCUCACCAAAGCUCCUCCGCCCGCUCCGUGUCCUGCCCUCCUGCCUCCCACCUGAGCUGUGUUCAGAGCAACUGCUGAGUAGGAAUUGGAAAUCAAUGCAGGGAUGAAUUCUCACUGUGGAUGUGAGGGAAAAAUUGAUUUUUGAAGGGUUUUUGACAGGGCUGCCUUUCAGGGUCAGGACAUACAUGCAAAGAGCACCAUGGAUACCUUGAAUUUUCUCUUACUGUCAGUUUCAAACCUCCCCAUCAACACCUGUUCUAUUACAGUUCCAAUACAGCAUCCUGUAUUCUAUUCUUUCUUUUAUUUUCUUUCUUUCUUUCUUUCUUUCUUUCUUUCUUUCUUUCUUUCUUUCUUUCUUUCUUUCUUUCUUUCUUUCUUUCUUUCUUUCUUUCUUUCUUUCUUUCUUUCUUUCUUUUCUCUCUUUCUUUCUCUUUCUUUCUCUUUCUUUCUCUCCUUUCUUUCCUUUCUUUCCUUUCUUUCAUGGAGUAAGUAUUAUGAUCCUUUCUUCAAGUUCUCUGUCUCUAAGGAAGGUAGUCAGAGAUGCUUCCUACCAGCUAUAACGUCCUUCUGGGAACACUUACUGGUCUCACCAAAAGGCUUUCAGAUCAGGGAUUCAGCAAAGGAUGAGUAGGAAGAUUGAAUCAAGAAAAUGCUUUGACUUGGGCUUUGGAAGAAUGCACAGAAUGUAACCCUGCCAUGACAAGUAGAAAUAUUUAUUUCCUGCUAAAGCAGAGAGACCAUCUAGCUAUAAUACAGCCAGAAAGCUGUAACGUGCUUGUUGUUCUUCUGCUAUGUCAGUCUCUCCUUAACUGCAGCAGUUCAUUCAUAUUUCUGUUAUGACCAGAACAAUGUGAGCAGAAGGGACAUAGCCAAUUUAACAGGCAUCUCAAAAAAUCAUCAAAAUAAAUAUCGGUACAUGGAGCUGGCAAUCAGUGACACAUAAAACAAUCACUACUUAAUGUGCCGGACUCUGAUUGAUACACUACAGCUCAAAAGCCAGGGAAAAACUAACCCUGGUUGCAAGUACUGUGGACUGCUUUUUAUUUUUAAUAUAACAUCAGCAGCUCAUAGCAGCUGGGGUUUGUGAUGUACGACAAAAAUCACCUAAACCACAACUCACACAUUUUAAAAAUUCAUGUGAGUGACUGCAAACACUUGUACAAAUAUGUGCCAGGCACUCUACUACCAUUAAUGUUUCAUUCCUGCUUAAAAACAUUUGAAUUUCUAAAGAAGCAGCUGCAGUGGUGUCAGGCAGAAGAAACCCAGCCUAGCAGUGGCUCACCAGCCUCAGAUUUUUAAUCUGUACUGCCAAGGCCUGCAGAAACACGGCCCCUCUUGAACCUGUCCAAAGCUGUGCUCACUCUGUCACUUGAGCAGCAGCACUGUGACAAACAGGGUGACAUUUACGGGUGGCCUCACACCUGCUGCAGGGUGCUCUGAAAGCAAAGGCCUGGGGAGGCAAAAGCCAUCAACAUCUUGUUAACACAUCACUCUGGGAUUUACUUAAGCCAAGCCUUGCAGCAAAGGGACCAGCAGCAACUCAGCAAGGCCGGCCCUGUUCCUGGCCCUUUUCUGUCGUGGCACUUCAGUGUUAAAUGUCAGGAUAAAGAACUAAGAAAAUAUCUAUUUUGUAACCAAAUGAUGCAAUUUUUGUAUUCUUUUAGGCAGCACUUGCCACUGGAGAGUGAUGCUUUAUGUCCAUGAUUCUCUGACUUGCUAUAGAAUUAUUUUAAGAAGAAAAUAAAAAAGCAUUCAGAUGUGCCAAAAAUGUGUGGUUAACUGAAGUGUAAUUAGCUCUGAAAGUUCUUUUGUAACCUGCCUAAUGUUACAAUCAAUUUCAAGAACUGUGGGUACAAUGCAGUAGUUUUUACCUCCAGAAAAUUUUAAUAUAAAGUGAAGACCCUUUAAAAAUGGCAAUGCAGACUGGUGUGAACUGAUGUAUUUUAUUAUUAGAUUCUCAUUGUGAUGUAAGUUUAAAUAAAUUGUUGGGUUAUGGAAGAUUGUAA